AUGUCGGCCAGCCAAUCCGUCCUCCGCACAUGCCUCAACACACGGCAGCCCUCUCUGCUGCCGCGGGUGCAAUGCCGCCACGAAUCCACCGCCCGCCGUCACAGAAAGCUGCUCGCGCUUCCUGAAGCACCUUCCUACACACCCUCGACCACGGAGCCCUCAUUAAUCUUCAACCCGCCCUCGUCUGCGCCCAGCGUGUACCACACACCGCUCAAGUUCCUGCCUAAGGACGAUAAGCGCCGCCAGAUGUACAGCACCGCGCUGACGCAGUCGACCACCGCCGCGCUGCGCCAACGCACUUCCCCCGUCGCCGCGCCCGGAACGCCGCUCUCGUCGCCCUCCUUCUUGCCGCCGCGGCCGUCCGCCGCGCUUCCCGCGCCCGUGCGCACGCCGUACGACAAAAAGUACCACCUGACCGAGGCGGAGAUUGCUGAGAUCCGCAAGCUGCGUCUCGGUGACCCGCAUAAGUGGACGAGAGUCAAGUUGGCGGAGAAGUUCGGGUGCAGUCAGUUCUUUGUCGGUAUGGUGGCCAAGGCCCCGGAGAAGGCGGCCAGCGUUGAGCUGGAGCAUCAGGCGAUGCGGGAGAAGUGGGGGAAGAGGAGGCGCGAGGCAAGGGAAGAGAGGGAGAGGAGGAAGAUCCUGUGGGGGCGGGAUCUCUGA